AUGGCAGACUCUACCGCCUCACCCUUCAUGAAUCUUCUUAUGGAGGUUCACCUUCCCAUUGUCGAACACUGCGACCAUGCGUCGAAGACGCCGGAAGAUGCUACGCAACAGGAAGCCUUCCUACAGGGUUACGAGCUAUGGCGCGAGAACUCCAACAAACACGCUUGCUUCAAACGGCGCACGAUGCUGGCAGUCGAAAAGUUUGACGACGGAAAGGCUCUCAGAAAACUUGUGAUCGCGCUGUAUACGUGCCAGGUCGACGCUUUCCGACUAUUGCACUAG